CUUUGUUGUAUUUUGUCGUUUACAAUUUUCAAUAAAAUUGAACAUCGAGGAAAUGAAAUUGAUAAACUAAUAACUAAACAAAUUUUCUAUACGAAAAGCAGCAUAGCAACUAAAAAGUAAAACUCGAUAAAUUUAGGAACAGGGCAUCCUUUGAAGCCAGUGGUGUUUGCAGUUGCAUUUCAAAGCAUACAUACAACAUAAUAUGAAUAAUUUACGUAAUAUUUGCAAUAUUUUGAUUGUUUUAUACACUAGUCUAUAAAACUUUAUUAAAAAUUCGGCUUAUAAUUGCAUGGAAUGUAAAAAUGGACAAAAAUAUCCUACACCAGCAGAUAUAUUCAGUCGUGAAAUCGAAUGGAAGCGCCGAAACGCUUAUGCAAGGGGGCUGCAGUUGGCUUUCGCUGCUAGGCUGCCUUUUCCGUUCCCUGCACAGGCCAUGCGCAUUCACCAAUAUAAUUUACCAGUUUUCCCGCCACCAAUGCCCCCUGCAACGCGCAACCGAGAACCCAGUCCCUUUAUGAACAUGAUGGAUGAAAUAUCGUAUUGGGUGACCACUAAAAGGGCACCUUGCCUUCUUAACUAUGAUAACGUUAUAAAGAGACAAAAUGAGCAAGCUCACUGCUCAAAAGAUACAUUGAAAAGUACCCCAAAUGCUGAGGUUUCUCAGCCUAAGAGCAAAAAGAGGAAAUUGAAACUCCUCAAUGAAUCUGAAUCAUCAGAGAAGCAGCAGAAUGUUUUCUUUGACAAGUCACUAAGCAAAAAUAUUAAAGCUCCAAAAAGUCUACAAUCUGAUUCAUUGGCUUCCAGCAUAGAUUUCAAAAUUAAACCAGCAGUUCAACGGAAGCCUAAAAAACCAAAAGUACAAAAAAGGAACAAGGAGGUACCCAAGAUAAACAAAGUAUGCACUUCCACACCUAACACUAAUCUAAGGAGAAGCCUUCGUAAAGUUCGACAAACCAAUAAUAAUUAUAGUCAACUUAAUGAUUCGUUUGAAAUUUUAAAUGCUAGUGCUAUAACAGCACAGGACAAACUUGAAAUUAAAGUAGAGCCCAAUGAGAAAACAGACUUGCCAGUACAUAAUAAAAAUGAAACAAAUGGUAACUAUGAGGAUUCAAGUGACGUUUCUGGGUUCACCGCAAACUACAUACGCUCCACUAAAGUGCACUCAUCUAAAACUGCUACUAAAGUCCAGAGUAAAGGAAACAGGAAUCAAGUCAAAAUUAAAAAGAAUGCUAAUGAUAAUAUUUUAUUGUAUGUAAAUAAGUCAGCAAAUACAGGGAACCCAACUGCAGCAGUCUUAAACUGCAGCACUGACUCAUCACAAAAUAUUAUUAAUCUGGUUACUGUGGAACAGGAUGCAACUAAUAAUGUAGAUAAAAGCACAUCCCAGCUUAAAUUUGUAAACAUUAAAAAUACUCAGGAACUCGACUCCCAAAAGAAUAUAAGACAAAGAAAUACAGUCGCUAAUCAUGAAGCAUCUUUUCAGUCCAGAAGUAGUAAUGCAUCCAGGUAUCCAACGAGGCAAAGAAAAGUGUCGAUAGUUGACUCUGAAAGAGAUGCUCUUAAAGUGAAUGCUUCAGAAAAAGCAACAAAAGCCAACAUGCCCAAAGAAAGUAAAUCAGAGCGCAAGGAAAACUCUGCAAACACAGUAUCUAAAACUAGGAGCGGAAGAAGGAUUGGAGCUGAUGCGGAUCCAGAAGUGUCAGCUUGCACGAGACUCAAUGUUGACAAUAGUGGUGAACCAGUGAGUUCCAGUCCCACCUUAAACGUAGGAGGCAGAAGGUCUAGAAAAAGUAAUUCCCUGACUCCUCGUAGUAAGUCUCACAGAAACAAUAAAAAAGACUUGUGUGAUGAAAGUGAAAAGAAUGUAGUAGGGGAAUCCUCUUGUGUCCAAUUACGUUCAUCUAGAAGAACUAGACAAGUGACAAAAGCGAACAAUGUGUCAGGACAAUUAUCACAAAAAGACUCUUUGAGAGAUAAAAGUGGUUUUGCUACGUGUUUCACGGACAGUGAUAGUGAUGAUGAACCUUUAAAACAGAGAAAGUUUUUCUGUUAAUUUUAAAAUAUUUAAUUUGUGUUUUGUUGUUUUAACCCUGUUGAGACUAUUACAAGAUAAUACCUAAUAUUCUGAAUGCUUGAGUAUAGUAUAAUAUAUCAUGACAGAUAUUUAGUACUCAGUUGUUUAUUGCACCGAGAUAUGCAGCAAGUAAUUAAGCUGUGAAUGUAAUAAUUGAUAAUGGUGCUUUUUUUAGCAUUGAACUAUUAAACAAACUAAUGAUAAUGUAUUUAGUCUCUAGUAAUAUUUAUUGUAUAGAUAAAAUUAUUGCACGUAUGUAACAAAUGAAAUUUGUAUUAUAAAGUGCCAUCUAAGGUUAUUAAAUUGUAUUACAUUUUCCAUGAUUGUAACAAUGUUAUACACUAAUUAAGGUCUUGAUUAUAAUUCUUAG